UGAUUUGUUUGGUUGGUUUUCGGCGUUAUUAAUUGAAAAUAAACAUAAUAUUCAGUGUGCCGAUAAUAAUCUUAAUAUAGAAUAGGGCAAAAGUAAUAAAGUAACGUCAUUAGGUUAACAAGCGGAGAUAAAGUUGUAAAAUGCCUUACGCCAAUCAACCCUCAGUGCAGAUCACAGAGUUGACGGACGACAAUGUAAAAUUUGUUGUUGAAGACACAGAACUAAGCGUGGCAAAUAGUAUGCGACGUGUGUUUAUCGCCGAGACGCCGACAAUGGCCAUUGACUGGGUACAAUUGGAAGCCAACUCCACUGUUCUUAGUGACGAGUUUCUCGCGCACCGCAUUGGCCUAAUUCCACUCAUAUCCGACGAUGUAGUGGACAAAAUCCGUUAUUCAAGAGAUUGUAUGUGUGCCGACUUCUGUUCCGAGUGCAGUGUGGAAUUCACAUUAGAUGUGAAAUGUACAGACGACCAAACAAGACACGUGACCACUGCGGAUUUAAAGUCAAGCGAUCCACGCGUUGUGCCAGUGACUUCGCGACAUCGGGAUGAGGAUCAGGCUGACUAUGGGGAAGCUGAUGAGAUCCUGAUUAUUAAACUUCGUAAGGGACAGGAACUAAAGUUACGUGCUUAUGCUAAAAAAGGAUUUGGUAAGGAACAUGCAAAAUGGAAUCCAACAGCUGGUGUGUGCUUUGAGUACGACCCUGACAACGUCAUGAGACAUACUUUGUAUCCUAAGCCAGACGAGUGGCCAAAAAGUGAGCAUACAGAAUUAGACGACGAUCAAUAUGAAGCUGAGUUUAACUGGGAAGCAAAACCGAACAAAUUCUUCUACAAUGUAGAGUCCUCAGGGGCUCUCAAACCAGAAAACAUAGUUCUAAUGGGUAUAGUAGUCCUGAAAAACAAAUUGUUGAAUUUACAAGUUCAACUUGCACAGGAAGCUCAGAAUGAUGCUCUUGCUAUCAAUUAAUUAACUUUUCUCAAUUG